UUUUGUGCACAAAAGAUGUGCACAAAAUGCACGUUUGCUUUUGUGACUACAAAAACAAAUUUGUUUUUGUUGUGUGUUUGCAUUUUCAGCGUGUAUCUGGACUACAAUGCCACAACGCCCUUGGAGCCACAGGUGUUAAGUGCCAUCCAUGAUGCUUUGGCUAAAGCUUGGGGCAACCCAAGCAGUUCAUAUGCAGCAGGCCAGAAAGCCAAACAGAUCAUCACAAAGUCCAGAGAUGACAUCGCAUCAAUGAUUGGGGCUCACAGGGAAGAUGUCGUUUUUACAUCAGGCGGUACAGAGGCCAACAACAUGGUCAUACACACUGCCAUACAGCACUUUUGGAGAACCUUCCCACUUCUCGACCAAUCGGGACAUACGACAGAAGAUGGAGCACCUGAUCACAGCAAGUUCCUCCCACACGUGAUCACGUCCAACUUGGAACACGACUCAGUCAAGCUCGUGCUGCAACACCUGGUGGACGAAAGGCAAGCCGUGGUGACCUUUGUGCCUGCCUCCAAGCUGACAGGUCAUGUUGAGGUCAGUGACAUCAUCGCUGCCCUGCGACCUACGACCUGCCUGGUGACUAUCAUGCACGCCAACAAUGAAACAGGAAUCAUUCAGCCUAUAUCGGAGAUUUGCCGGAGCAUUCGAGCCGUCAAACGCGACCCCAAACGAGAACUGCCACAGGUCUUACUCCACAACGACGCAGCCCAGACCAUCGGCAAGAUUGACGUGAACGUGGAGGAGCUGGGGGUGGAUUAUCUGACCGUGGUUGGACACAAGUUCUAUGGGCCACGGAUCGGUGCCAUCUUUGUCAAAGGAGGGGGCGUGACCACACCUCUCUUCCCCAUGCUGUAUGGAGGCGGGCAAGAGAGAAACUUCAGGCCUGGCACUGAAAACACCGGCAUGAUUGCAGGACUGGGAAAGGCAGCUGAACUUGUGUGUCAGAACCUGGAGAAAUAUGAGGAACAUAUGAGAGACGUCCGAGAUUACUUGGAGGAUCGUUUGCAGGAAGCAUUUGGAGAUGACGUUCACUUUAACAGUAGAUUCCCCGCUGGCAGUGCGAGAAUUCCCAACACGUGCAAUGUGUCGUUCAUAGGGCAGGGACUAGAGGGCUACAAAAUUCUGCAGAGGGUGAAGAUACUGCAGGCCAGCGUGGGAGCAGCAUGCCACUCCGAAUGCCACAGCAAGCCAUCCCAUAUUCUUCUAGCGGUGGGCAUACCGUCGGAGAUCGCUGCCAAUGCUCUGAGACUCAGCGUUGGACGGCACACAACCAAAGCGGAUAUCGACAGAGUAGUCGACGAUGUCAAACAAGCUGUACAGUCGUUACAAGAUGAAAGGAAUUGAUGAAAAGGUCGUGCUACAAAGUAGUGGCGAAGCUGGGGGGGGGGGGGGGAUGUGCACCCCAGAUGAUAUGGAUGCAACCCCCACCCCCAGUUUAAAAUCUUGAAUUGAACAAAAAUAUGUGUACCAUAUGUUGAAUCCAUUACACCCAGAGUUGCCAACCAUUUCUCUUUUGGAGUAAUUAUUAGGAUUUUGAGGCAUGUUACUACUCUUAAAAAUUCCAGCUGUCCUAUACGCCAACAUUGUGGUUGCUCUGAAAAGUACUGUGGUUACUCUUAAACUUGACUGUUGUCCUAUGUAUUUACAUUAGCAUUACUCUUUGCAGGAAGAAUCAUUACUAUUUUGUAGUCUGUAAUGUUGGCAUCUCUGUACACCAUAUAGUGCUCAGGCGGUACAGAAAAUAAUAGGCAGGACAGUCUGAGGUGGUAUUGAGGGGUUAUUUGGUCAAAGACAUGGGCGUCGCCAGGAUUUUUUCUAGAGUGGGCAAAGCACAUUAUUUCCCCAAAUCCUUGUACUUUCUCUAGCAUAUUCUCAAUUGGUCAUUUUUUUAAGGUGGGCGGGCUGACAUUUGCCCACCUCCACCAUGUCCACCCCCAUGGAGUACCGAAGUGAAUACGUCACGGGCACAAAAAUGUGUUUAAAAAGACAUUAGCACGUGAUUCAGCCCGUGAACCAACACGCACGCGUACUCCAUUCGUUUGCACUACACUUUCUGGUUCUAAAUGACAUCACACUUUGGUGCUCCAUUGACACCUCACUUGCCCCAUCCUGGCGACGCUGAUCAAAGAACAGCUACCAACAACAGAUGAAAAUAAUAAUUCAAACCUCAAUAAUGUUCCUUAUGAUUUACUAAAGUCAUAUAAACAUUAUGCUGUUUAUGCCAUAUUGAUAUUGGUAUUAGUUUUAUGAAAUUGGAGAUAUUUUCCACCCCAAUCUGUGCCUAUAGCCAUAAAUAAUGUCGUCAUUGUUCAUUGACAUAAAACCAAAUGUAAGUACAUACUGUGUAAGAACAUUCACUGAUAGGUGGGUCGUUGACCAUCAUUCUGUAAAUUCUGUAACUUCUGGGUGCACAUUUUUUCUGUCCCUGGUUCAUCUGACAUCUGUGAGUUUAUAAUUUUGAUGCAGUACCCUCCAAGAGUGAUUGUGAAUCUCAAAAUACCUACCAAAAAUAUCUGAAAUAAUUCUUAAUGAUGCUGGCUUGAAUUCCUAAGUUCAGGUAUAACAGAGACAGGCAAAGUGUUACACUUUGGACCCUAAUAUUAUAGAAUUAUCUACAUACAUACAGCUGCAAGGUACAUGUAGAUCCGCAGAAAUCUUUGAAUAAACAUCCAGUUGUGAUAAAUGACACAGUAUUGUUUGUGAGUUCACUUGUCAGAUCAGAAAAUAACGGGACGCAUCAUGCGAAACUACACUGAAUCAAACUAUUUUUGCUGCUCAUUGGACACGUUGGACAUGUCAACCAGUUUCAAUUCCGAGCAACAACUGACUUAUUUGGAUCAUGUAAGAUGUACACGAAUACACCCCUCCUGUAACCCAUUGCAAAAAUAUACAGUUUGUUCAAUAAAAUAAGGCAUGUUAUUGGUGUAUGACAUGCAAAUUAAUUCAGUAGACAUACCGUACUAAUAUACAAGAGGCAUUGUUUUGGUGGUAAUUUUUUAUUUAAGCCAUGUUCCCCUCAUUUACCAGUUGAACUUCAAAAAUAACGGAAACCACAUUAAAACAGUCUAAUCACAAUUUAUUAGGGUAACAUAGUGUCAUCUUUAUUGUGAAAACAAUUCUACACAAAACGGCUUUGUACAGGUUUUUUGAUCAACCAAAAACGCAACAGUUAAAUCUGUCACUUUAUUUUCAGUAAAUUACCCAUUUUUUGAUUAUUUAUAACUUAACUCAUAUGUCACGUUGUUAAAAAAACAAAAAACAUAUAAAAUCCCAUUCAUCUGUUCUCCGCGUCCCCUAAAAUGUUUAACGAUAAAAGCAGAUAUCUUUUCAGUUUCUUUUGAAAAAUGAACAGUAAGAGGGAAGCAAUGAAGUACAUAGAUACACAAAUCUUUGGAAAUAAGCACUGAAGUUUAGGGAAUUGGAUAUGAAAAAAGCUUUUGAAAAAAAUACCAAACCUGAAGAUAAUGGUUCUAAAGCAUUGUUUAUGUACGGCUGCAAUAUGAACGAGCCAUUUUCAAGUUGAAUGUCUCUCAGUAGUUUUGUAGUUAAAUUUCAAUUUCCCCAGACACGAUUCAGAUCACGCCUCUGGCUCUGGAAUGGUCUAGUAUCCGUAUAAUGCCCGAACUUGACCGUUAUCCCAACUUUGCCUGGGAUCGUCCCGACUAGCAUUCUGCCCCACAUUGAUGACAUGUAGACAGGUGGUUUUUUUUCUGGGCACUAGGCCUCC